AUGAAAGAGAAGUCCAAAAAUGCUGCCCGGACUAGGAGGGAGAAGGAAAACAGUGAAUUUUAUGAACUGGCUAAAUUACUGCCUUUGCCCUCAGCUAUCACCUCCCAGCUGGACAAAGCAUCCAUAAUCAGACUCACCACCAGCUAUCUCAAAAUGAGAGUAGUGUUCCCAGAAGGGCUCGGCGAGGCGUGGGGCCACUCGAGCAGGACCAGCCCCCUGGACAACGUGGGCCGCGAACUGGGCUCGCACCUGCUCCAGACCCUGGAUGGUUUCAUCUUUGUGGUGGCCCCAGAUGGGAAGAUCAUGUACAUCUCUGAGACAGCCUCAGUCCACCUGGGUCUUUCUCAGGUAGAGCUGACCGGGAACAGCAUUUACGAAUACAUCCACCCGGCGGACCACGACGAGAUGACGGCGGUGCUCACGGCCCACCAGCCCUGCCACUCUCACUUCGUCCAGGAGUACGAGAUCGAGCGCUCCUUCUUCCUGAGGAUGAAGUGCGUCUUGGCCAAGAGGAACGCGGGCCUCACCUGCGGCGGCUACAAGGUCAUUCACUGCAGCGGCUACCUGAAGAUCCGCCAGUACAGCCUGGACAUGUCCCCUUUCGACGGCUGCUACCAGAACGUGGGCCUGGUGGCCGUGGGCCACUCGCUGCCUCCCAGCGCCGUCACGGAGAUCAAACUGCACAGCAACAUGUUCAUGUUCCGCGCCAGCUUGGACAUGAAGCUCAUCUUCCUGGACUCCAGAGUGGCGGAGCUGACAGGGUACGAACCUCAGGACCUGAUUGAGAAGACGCUGUACCACCACGUUCACGGCUGCGACACCUUCCACCUGCGCUGCGCCCACCACCUGCUGCUGGUGAAGGGCCAGGUCACCACCAAGUACUACCGGUUCCUGGCGAAGCGCGGCGGCUGGGUGUGGGUGCAGAGCUACGCCACCAUCGUGCACAACAGCCGCUCGUCCAGGCCGCACUGCGUCGUCAGCGUCAACUACGUCCUCACGGACACGGAAUACAAAGGGCUGCAGCUCUCCCUGGAUCAGAUCGCAGCCUCCAAACCAGCCUUCUCCUAUGCAGGCAGCUCCACCCCUGCCCUGACUGACAGCAGGAAGGGGGCCAAGUCCAGGCUCUCCAGCUCCAAGUCCAAAUCCAGGACUUCCCCGUACCCUCAGUACUCCGGAUUUCCCACGGAAAGAUCGGAAUCAGAUCACGAAAGCCAGUGGGGCGGCAGCCCCCUGACGGACGCGGCCUCCCCGCAGCUCCUGGACCCCGCGGACCGGCCGGGCUCCCAGCACGACGCGUCGUGCGCGUACAGGCAGUUCUCAGACCGCGGCUCCCUCUGCUACGGCUUCGCGCUCGACCACUCCAGGCUGGUGGAGGAGAGGCAUUUCCACACCCAGGCCUGCGAGGGCGGCCGGUGUGAGGCAGGCAGGUACUUCCUGGGAGCGCCGCAGGCGGGGAGGGAGCCCUGGUGGGGCUCUCGCGCAACCUUGCCCCUGACCAAGGCCUCGCCGGAGAGCAGAGAAGCCUAUGAGAGCAGCAUGCCUCACAUCGCCUCGGUGCACAGGAUCCACGGGCGAGGUCAUUGGGAUGAAGAGAGUGUGGUCAGUUCUCCAGACCCUGGGUCUGCCAGCGAAUCAGGUGACCGAUACCGCACUGAGCAGUUUCAGAGUAGCCCUCAUGAACCUAGCAAAAUCGAAACUCUGAUAAGAGCCACCCAGCAAAUGAUUAAAGAAGAGGAGAACAGAUUGCAGUUAAGGAAAGCGCCCCCAGACCAACUGGCUUCCAUUAAUGGAGCUGGGAAAAAACACUCCCUCUGUUUUGCAAGCUACCAGCAGCCCCCACCGACAGGGGACGUCUGCCACAGCUCGGCUCUUGCCAACACUUCACCAUGUGACCACAUCCAGCAGAGAGAGGGAAAGAUGCUGAGCCCCCACGAAAAUGACUACGACAACAGUCCCACAGCGCUGUCUCGGAUAAGUAGUCCCAAUUCGGAUCGCAUUUCCAAAUCCAGUUUGAUCCUAGCUAAAGAUUAUCUACAUUCUGAUAUGUCUCCUCAUCAGACACCAGGAGACCACCCUGCCAUCUCUCCAAACUGCUUUGGCUCUCAUCGGCAGUAUUUUGACAAGCAUGCUUACACAUUAACUGGGUAUGCCCUGGAGCACUUAUAUGACAGCGAAACCAUUAGGAACUAUUCCUUGGGCUGUAACGGCUCACACUUUGAUGUUACUUCCCAUCUAAGGAUGCAGCCGGAUCCAGCACAAGGACAUAAGGGAACAUCUGUUAUAAUAACCAAUGGAAGCUGA